AUGCGCUUAUCCAUACUCCUCCUCGGAUCCUUCUCUAUUGCCCACAGCCUUGUUCUUCUCCCACGAGGGCCGACAUGCAGCGAAAUAACAGUUCCAGUAUCUGUCCGUUCAACUAAUGCCCUACUAGACUCAGGCAUCAACUCUCAAGAUGGCUUACGCGGCGCUAUGCAAAACAUCUUAUCAGGAGUUCUUGGCCUAAUUCUUAACGUUAAUAUCAAUGGAAACUACAACAUACGUGCACGAUACUGCGAGCCUGAAGUUCAAAACUCAGAGCGUGCCGAUACAAUCCAACUUCUUGUUCACGGUAUCACAUAUACUAGAGACUACUGGUCUGGGCUGGGCGCGCCCGGCUUCAACUUUGGAGGCGAUGAUUACUCAUGGAUCGCAUAUGCUUCCAAGCAGGGCUACCCCACGUUGUCAAUUGAUCGCCUAGGCAACGGUGAGUCAGAUCGUCCCAACGGGCUGGCCGAGGUCCAGAUGAAUACCCAUAUUGAGGUCACUGAAUCUCUUAUAAAAUCCUUAAAAAAAGGGUCCAUCGGCGGCCGAUCAUUCAGCAAGAUUAUUUAUGUCGGUCAUUGGUACGGCUCCCUUAUCGGCAAUUUACACGCUGUCAAAUACCCCACAUCCGUCGACUCCUACGUGCUCACCGGCUUUUCCAAGAAAAUUAGACCCUCUCUACUUCCAACAGUGAUUGCCGGUGCCUUCUUACCUGCAACCAUUGCUUACCCAGAAAGAUGGGCCGGACAGGCCUUAACUUACUUCGCUGCAUCAAACGAGGAUGGGGCAAAUGGUCUCUUUUUCGUUAACGACACAGUCGACCCCGAACUAAGAGAGCUCAACUAUCGCCUCCGCGGCACCGUUACUGCUGGUGAGUUUCUAACUGGCUACGAAAGCACACAGGUUGCUUCAAACUAUCGUGGCCGAGUAUUUGUUCUCACAGGUCAAAAUGAUGCCAUCUUCUGCUCACCAGAUAGUUUCGGACAAGGCACACUAAACGGACAAGGUGACUGCGGAACCGGAGAGGAUAGUAUUAUUGCUCAGACACAAGACUUGUAUCCAGCAGUUGCUAACUACGACUAUGACACCCCUGAGAACAUUGGACAUUGCAAUAUUUUACACAUCGGUGCAGUUGAUCAAUUUGCCACUGUGCACGAUUGGCUAGAUCAGUUCUAUUAG